AUGAUCACCUAUUUGGUGGGAGAAGUGGUGGUUGCAGUUUUAGAGUCACAUCUAGAGGUUAAGGAGUCAUCUUUUAGGUCGGAAGGAGGUGUUAGUGGAAAGCUGUUGCAAUUUAAGUCACUAUAUUUUGUUUUUCUAAUGGCAGUAGAUGAGAAGCUAUGUGAUUACUCCAAUGGCAAAUGGGUUCGUACGAAAAGAGACCCUUUGUACAAUGGUACCACCUGUGUUAAAAUUCAUAAAACCCAGAACUGUUUAUCCAAUGGAAGGCCUGAUCCGGGGUUCCUUCACUGGAGAUGGAAGCCAAGUGAGUGCGAUCUUCCAAGGUUUGAUCCAAACACUUUUCUCGAUCUCAUAAGCAACAAGCAUGUGGCCUUUGUCGGGGAUUCAUUGUCCAGGAACCACCUAGACUCACUUCUUUGCAUGUUGUCUACUGUUUCAAACCCAGAAAGUGUUCGCCACAAAGGUUCUCAUUGGUGGCUGUUUCGUUCUCACAACGCAAUCUUGUCCCGCUAUUGGUCUCCGUUUCUUGUUGAAAGAAAAAUCCCAGGACCACUUUAUAACACCGUGUAUUUGGAUCGUGUUAAUACGAGGUGGGCAUUUUAGCUUGUGGUAGGCAUUGUUAAUCGCAAUUCCACUUUGUGUCUAUGUUUUCUCUUGGUCCUUACAUUUUUGUGCAGAUGUGAAAGGGCAAGACAUUCAUAACUGGAAUCCUGAAUCUUUUGCCAACUUUUGAAAAUAUUUGUAUUCUCCUCCACCUUCACAUUGUAGAAUUUUGA